AUGGGGUUUUAUGGGCAUAGUGCGUGGUCAGAUAAAAAGCAUAAUUGUGAGGUGAUUUCUCAUUUGGCUUCUACCUCUUCACUUCCUUGGUGUUUGGGAGGAGAUUUUAAUGAAAUUAUUCAUCCGGACGAGAAGAGAGGAGGUCAGAAACCGGUGAGGUUUCAUAUGGAGGAGUUCCAACAUUGUCUUCGUGGAGCCGAUUUGUGGGACAUUCGACCUAAGAUUGGAUGGUUUUCUUGGGCAAGUGGUACUCGAGCUAAGUCGUUUGUGUACGAGAGAAUUGACAGAUUUGUUGCGAAAAAUGACUGGCGGCUCUUGUUUUCGGAGUGUUAUGUGGAAACGAUUCCGACGGCUUUGUCCGACCAUUCUACGAUCUCGUUGAGCUUGGAUGGUGCUAUCACGAGUUGCUCUCCUAUGAAGGACUAUUUUAAAUUUGAUGUAUGUUGGGCUAAUGAAGAUCAAUGCCGGAAUAUUGUGCAUCGGGUUUGGGAGAAUAAUGAAGAUUCUUUCUCGGUUAAAGUGGGAAAGAUAGGGGUUAAGCUUGGUGAUUGGCAAAGAGCGAGAAGAAGUCAAGCAAGAGGGACGAGAGGCGCUUAA